AAUGAAGGGUAUGUGGCAAGUCAAGUUUCUUCGGCAAAGCAUAGAGUCCAAGUCAGGAAAACAGAAGAAAUCUCUUGACUUCUGUUCGUCAUCCAUCUUCAUCGUUGUUAGGUCCAACAAUGUCGUACGAUUACCUUUUCAAAUACAUAAUCAUCGGUGAUACAGGUGUAGGGAAAUCGUGUUUGUUGCUGCAAUUCACCGAUAAGAGGUUUCAACCGGUUCAUGACUUGACUAUCGGAGUGGAAUUCGGUGCUCGUAUGGUCGCCAUUGAUAGCAGGCCGGUUAAGCUUCAAAUUUGGGAUACUGCUGGACAAGAAUCUUUCAGGUCAAUCACCAGGUCAUAUUACAGAGGAGCAGCUGGAGCACUUCUGGUUUAUGAUAUUACUAGGAGAGAAACAUUUAAUCAUCUAGCUGGGUGGCUUGAAGAUGCACGGCAGCAUGCGAACCCCAACAUGACUAUCAUGCUUGUAGGAAAUAAAAGCGAUCUUUCCCACCGAAGGGCUGUCAGCAAAGAGGAAGGACAGCAGUUUGCAAAGGAAAAUGGCCUCUUGUUCCUAGAGGCAUCUGCAAGAACAGCGCAAAAUGUUGAGGAGGCUUUUCUGAAGACUGCAGAAAAGAUACUGGAGAAGAUCCAGGAAGGCGUGUUUGAUGUAUCCAAUGAGUUAUUAGUCAUCAGGGAUCAAGGUUGGAUACGGACGUCCGCAAGGCACAGGAGGAGCAAGAGAUGGAACAGUUGCUCAGAGUGGUGGAUGUUGUAGUUGAUUUCCAAACCAUUUAUAUAUAUGAUUAAUUAUUCAUGAAUCUUGGGACAUGUACGUAUUCUGGUUUAUGGGGAUGUUCAUUCAUGUCAUGUGUAGCUUGAAAAUUGUUAUCAUGUGAAUACAAGGUUUAUCGACUCCUUUCCCAUAUA